AAUUAUUCUAUUGUGAUUUGUGACUCUUGAGAGAAAAGCAUCGUCCGCGACUCAUUCGAGGUAAGGAAUGCUGUAUUCAAGUAGGAAUGACUGUACGUGAUAAGAUAUCAUAUUGAAACUUUAACCUAUAUAUGGAUUCAGUGACGUUAAUGAUUACAUAUGAUUAUUUCGAUUAGCAAAACAUAAUAAAUGACUGGAUAGAAGGCUGUCAUGAAAACAAAUGUUACAGCUUUGUUUUUCGUCUUAUUGCUAUCUAAUUAUUUUUAACUUGAACUCUGCUUUCGCACUUGAUAUAAAUAUAGAUUGCUUACGGAGUUAGCCAUUAUGAAUUUUGCGAAACAAGUGCCUCUAUUAUUUUUUUGUUGUGACCCGUUAUAAGGCUGCACGUUAAAUUUUAUCAAAUAAUUUCAUAAAAUUAAGGACACUGAUAAGUAAACGGAACUCAAUGUUCCUGAUAUUUAUGAUAAGAUGACAAGAUGGAGCGUCGCACGAGUCUUGACUACUUUCGAGAUGUACAGCCUGAUUUUCGUGGCGAGCAGAAGUCAGGCUUUUGCUUCUUCGAAGGAGGAACGUGUACUCGAUCUUGAUUUUCAAAAUUCAAAUUUUUCGAGUGCAAUGACCAUUUAUUCCUUGGCCGGACCCAAUGCACUUGCCAGAUCAGGUCUGGUCGAACGCCAAGAGAAAUUGCAGCAACAUUGCGAGGAAAUUCCGGACGAAGAAAUACACAAGCGUGACGUACUUCCGGAAAUGUUUCAUCAUAUUUUAGUUGAUGAAAAGCACAAAUUAUUGUACUGUUAUGUACCAAAGGUCGCUUGUACCAAUUGGAAACGCGUCUUCAUGAUCGUGACGGGUAAAUGGGAGGGAAAUGAUCCUCUGGAAAUACCAGCUAAUCAAGCUCAUGCAGCGGGAAAUUUGGAAAGGCUCAGUAACUACUCGAUGCCGGAAAUCGAGGAGAAACUUGCUACUUAUAAUAAAUUUAUUGUCGUGAGACAUCCUUUGGAAAGGUUACUUUCUGCUUAUAGGAAUAAAUUUGAAACGAAACAAGAGACAAGCUCAAUAUACUUUCAGACGCGUUUUGGAAAGAAAAUAGUGAAGAAAUAUAGAAAAAAUGCUACUAAAGAAUCCUUACUCAAAGGCGAUGACGUUACUUUUUCGGAAUUCGUCGAUUUUGUUACGGGUGGUGCAGAAAAUGAAACUCAUAAUGAACACUGGCGAUCGAUUUACGAAUUAUGCCAUCCUUGCAUAGUCAAUUAUAAUCUUGUGAGUAAAUACGAAAGUCUGACAGAAGACGCCACCGAAAUAUUAGAAAGAUUAGGUGCUGGUUGGGUGAGAUUUCCCACGAAACCACAAAGCAGGGAAUCAACUUCGAAGAAAUUAGAUAGAUAUUACUCUUCCCUCAGUCUGAAGCAACUUCAAAAACUGACAGAUUUGUAUCGUUUGGAUUUGAGGUUAUUCGAUUACUCACUAGAGGAUGUAUUAGGAUUUUCAUUGGCGUAAUCAUUUUUGUCUACGUACUUAACGACGUUUUUUUAAAACUGUAAUGAGUUCAUUAUAACGUACAUUCCUCGUUAUUAGCUACUCAGGUUUUAGUUGAAUCAAUUUGAUAUUCGAUUCUAGUUCGCUUAGUUUUUUUUAGUCUUUAUUGUUAAUUAUUUUUACAUAGAAUUCUUUUAAAAAACAGAUCGUACUUAGUGUUUGUACCUGGAAGCAUUCCACAACAUGAGACAAACGGCGCUAUUUUUAUUUUACCAUAUUACUGAGCUUCAAUUCUAUUCUGAAUGUGUGCCAAGAAUCUAGGGAUAAGAGCGUAUGAUAAUUAAUUUAUACCGGGUGUGCCAAAACGGAUAAGCUUUUCAAAACAUCCAUGCGGUUUCUUACUCUGACUCAUGUCAGAUAAAGGAGUGGAUGAUAAGUUUGUCAAUUAACGGUUCAAGGUGUUAAUUUGUAACAUUAAGUCAUUUUUAUGUAACAUAUAGACCUAACAGUGUAAUUUUUAUAUUUUAUUAUUUAUUUUUGCGAACAAUAUCAGAAUAUUUAUAAUUUGACUAUUCACACGACGCUAUGAAAGUCGUGAGUAGCCAAGAGGUUUUAAAAUGUUUUAGAUAACGAACGUUUUUUUUGGAUUGACAAUUUUUCAACUAUUUUUUUAGAUGUCUCUAUCUCUUAUGAGAUUAAGCAAUCAACAUUUUGUAUUGAGUGUUACGUAAAGAUAAUUUGUAUACCAGCUACUUAUCUGCAUUGUAAGCGGAAGUGUAAAAAAUAAAUAUUUUUGUUACGUUUAUUAAUAAAAAAAAAACAUUAACA